AUGGCAAGCAAGACAAGCAAAACCAGCAAAAGCACAAGAAGAAGAACAAGACAGAAGCGAAGUCGAGCAGAAUCCUUUACGUUGUCUGUUCCUUCUACGUUUGUUUCCUCCGACUUCCAAGUCAGCUCCAAAGCUGAAGAAACAUCGUCCUCCAAGGCGCCCAAGGUCAAUCCAGAGAGAGAUCUAUGGAACCAAAUGCUUAACAUUCGCCAAAUAGUGUCUCGCAUGCAAGGCAAUCUGAAUGAUUUGGCGAAUCAUGCUGAAAACGAUACCCAAGAUGCCAGCAUUAGCAGCCACUUUGACCUCUCCAAGGAACUGGAUUCCUUCAGUUCACAAGAUGAUGAUGAUGAUGACGAUUCUUCGUCCUGGAAUACAGCCGAUGAAAUCAUCAAUCUGGAAGGGAUUCUGGUCCAUGUGAUUUCAUCAUCAGACUCGACCUCCUCUUCUUCUGCACAUCAACAACAGCAACAGCAACAGCAACAAAUGUAUCAACAGCAAAUGUAUCAUCAUCAUCAUCAUCAUUGUACAGAUGAUGCCUCCGAAGCCGCCUCGUCCUGCGUGAGUAGUCUUGGCCUUGGAGGCCACGAAACUACCACUCCCAUUCAUCAUCACGAUUCCAAGUCCAUUGCCAGGGGGAAUCUUGUCUCCCCAGGAUACUCGGAUAGUGCGGCUGCAGAUACCGCAGUGGCUACUACAACCUGUACUACUCCAAGAAGAAGCAGCAACAGUAGCUUUCAAAGCCAACGUACGGAAGAAUCGUCGUCUUCUGUGGAAAGUUUUACUUCCAGCUGGCAAGAGUUGCUGCACGUGCUGAGGAUACUCUAUUUCUUUCUGUUGGAGUUUCCAUUUCAUUUCUACUCGUUUCUUACAGACUGCCUACCCAAGAGUACCACCACCAAGACGACGCCUACAACGGCUCGAUCAAGAGAUCACGACUCGUCCAAACAGCAACGAGACAAACGAAGAUUCUUACUCUACAGUUUGCUCACACUAUUCAUCAUUGGAUGCGUGGUGUGGAACAAGCCAUCUCCUUCUACUACUACUCCUUUGUCAACAAGAUCCAUUGCUGCUGCUGAACUGUCACAAUCGUGUGUGACAGCAAAUAAAACGUCCGAUAUGUCUUCUCCGCUCUUGUCCUUUACCAGCCAUGCUUCAUCAGCAGGCACUAUCAAUAGUCCUCUAUCCAGCACUCGAGAAACCAUUGAGCUUGUGAACACUGCUACUUCCAUGAAGAAAGGUUGGAACACAACGUUUGCUGAUGUGUCAUUGCCCAUUUCUGAAGAAUCGUCUUCAGGACAAGACAUAAUCAAAACGACGACGACAACAACAACAACAACAAGACCCAAGAACAAAUUGGUUCGUCGACUGCAAACUCAAGGAAAGAAGCUAGUCCACAAGCUCGCCAAGAACAAUCACAAGAUGUGGGAUCAGUAUCCAUCUUCGGUUGUUUCUAGUGAUCCUACGGUUGAAAAGGAGGUAAAGGAAUUACCUGCUCCCAUUAAGAUUUUGCAAGAAAAGGGUCAAGACGUGCUGCGGAAACUUGUCAAGAACAAUGGCAAGAUGUGGGCCAGCAAUCCUAGUACGAGUAUGAUGAUGCCAAAGAAUAAGCAAGACGGCACUACCACCAAGUCAAAAUCCUUCAACAGCUUUCUCAAAAGGACCGCCAACAUGUGGAGUGACAAGCCCUCUGAUUAUUAUAUCGUGAAUAAUAAUGAUGGUGAUGAUGAGGGAUUGUAA